CUCCGGUGACUGAACGGUCCGAACGCAGCGGCAGUCAGACUGAUCUGGAUGCUGAGCAGAUUAGAGCUCAGCAGGAGAGAAGACAGAAGCUCGGGUCCUCCUCAGGGCUGGUUGGAGAUUCAGCUUCAUGAGGAGCUGCAGACAGAGUCCUGAAAGACAGACAGACAGACAGGCAGAGGGACAGACAGACAGGCAGAGGGAGGGCUCACUGCAACAGGUCUGAGACAUAAGAAGCGAUGUGAGGACAGGAGGGACAGCAGCAGGACGGACUGAUGGUUUGAUGGUUGGAGCUACAGGAGAUCAUCCACCAUGAUGCCGAUGUUCCUCACCGUGUACCUUAGCAACAACGACCACCACUUUAACGAGGUUCCCAUCACGCCAGAGACGCUGUGCAGGGAUGUGGUGGAGCUCUGCAAGGAGCCUGGCGAGGCUGACUGCUACCUGGCUGAGAUGUGGAGAGGCUCAGAACGUGUAAUUGGAGAUGGGGAGCGGAUGUUGGAGGUGUUACAGCGAUGGGGGCAGCAGAGGGGGGAGGUCCGUUACCUCCUGCGUCACCAGAGGGCUCCUGGACGGGACGCAGGUGGAUCCAGAGCUGCAGAUCAAAUGAUGAAAAGGAACCAGGGGAAAGCUUCGGUGGAGAGAUGUCUGGAGAAUGGGGUCUCAGCUCCUCGGCUGGACGUGACGCUGAGCGAGCUGCAGGAUCUGGCAACCCGGCAGCAGCAGCAGAUCAACGCCCAGCAGCAGCUGCUGGCCUCCAAGGAGCAGAGGCUGCACUACCUGAAGCUGCAGGAUCAGCGGCAGCAGCAGCAGCAGCAGCAGGAUGCGUCUGAGCAGGAGCGACUGCGACAGCUCAGAGAGAACGCACACAACCAGGAGGCCAAACUGCGACGGGUCCGGGCCCUCAGGGGCCAAGUGGAGCAGAAACGCCUGAGCAACAGCAAGCUAGUGGAGGAGAUCGAGCAGAUGACCGGCCUGUUCCAGCAGAAGCAGAGGGAGCUGCUGGUGGCCGUGGCCAGAGUGGAGGAGCUGAGCGACCAGCUGGAGGCGCUGAGGAGCAGCAGACUGGAGCCUCCUCUUCCUCCUCCUCCUCUUUCUCACCACCACAACGCCUCCUCCACCGCUGAGCUGGAGCGCCUCUAUAAAGAGCUGCAGCUCAGGAACAAGCUGAACCAGGACCAGAGCGUCCGGCUGCAGCAGCAGAGAGACAGCCUGAACAAGAGGAACCUGGAGGUGGCGGCAAUGGACCGGCGGCUGGCCGAGCUCCGACAGCGGCUCUGGAAGAAGAAGGCCGCCCUGCAGCAGAAGGAGAAUCUACCAGUGGCUUCAGAUGGGGUCGUCCCUCAGCAUGGUGGAGGCUCCAGAGUAGCAGCAGUCGGGCCGUACAUACAGUCGUCCUCCACAUCCACCCCUCAGGCGCCUCCAGUGCCGACUCACCAGGAGAUUCUGGUGAAGCCGGCAUACCCAGACGGCACUGCCACCCUGCCCAUGCCGGACUCGUCCCUGAAGCCACCGCCGAGACCAGUCAAACCAGCUUCAGGUUUUAACGCCUCAAAAACAACGAAACUCUCUGACUGGAGCUGCUCGUUUCCUGAAUCCAGCGGGGGUCACAGCCAUGCCUCCACCCUGCCUCGCAUGUCCAGCCUCAGCUGCCACAACUCAGGUGGUGAGACCCUCAGCGAUCAGAAGUUUCCCUCCGGCUCUGACGUCCCGCCACCUGUCCCUUCACGAACCAAUCACACUUCUGAGAACUUGCUCAGGGACAAUCAGGCCUCGGGUAAUGGUCUGUCCAAGAUGCUGCCACCCCCACUACCCAGUAAGCCUAAACCAUUCUCCUCAUCUGACCCAACGUCCUUCUCGAAGCCCUCCUACAGCACUGGGACCUUCCCUGGUAAGGUGAAGCCCGUUGGGGGCCACCUCAGGGCCCUGGGAAUCAUCUCCAGCCACAGCAACACCCUCCCUCUGCCCAACAAGCAGGAGAGUCCUCCUGCGGUGGCUGUUCGGCCCUACACCCCCGACCUCUCAGACGGCCAUCCUCCUGUGCUGCAGAAGCCGCAGACUCUGGCAGCUUCGUCCAUCUACUCCAUGUACACCCAGCAGGCUACACCCGGGAAGGGCUACCAGCCGGGUGGCCAGGGCACCCUGCCCCGCAGCCAGCCCCGAGUGUACGGAAAACCAGUCCUCCCAGCCAGCGGGGGGCAGCAGACUGUCAGCUCAGACAGCACUGCCUUUAAUUCUGGGUUUUGCAUGUCUAAUGGCAGUGAGACUGACAACAGUUGCCCAGGUAAUGCCGAUGGUGGCGGAGGAGACGCAGCAGAACGUGCCACCCCUCGGCCCCUCAGCCCCACCAAGCUCCUCCCCUUCCUGUCCAACCCUCACAGGAACCCCAGCGACGCCGACCUGGAGGCCCUGAGGCGCCGGCUGCACCACGCCCCCCGACCCCUGAAGAAACGCAGUUCCAUUACAGAGCCUGAGGGCCCAGCUGGUCCCAAUAUCCAGAAGCUGCUUUACCAGAAGACCACUCUGGCUGCCAUGGAAACUAUCCCCAUGGAGACCAUUGGUCCAGCUGGGACCUAUGAGCAGCCAGCAGUUCAUGAGGACAGGACUGGUGUUGCAGAUAUAAUGUCCAAGGCUGAGGACAACAGCGGACCUGGCUUCAACGAGCUGUCUGAUGAGAGCCUCGAGGACGCCCUGACUCCACCUCCACUGCCACCUCGCUCCCCCAUCCCUGAUGCCACCUCCUGCCGCUCCUUGCCCCCACCUCCGGAAGACACAGCGGAAGAGGAGAUAGGCCCUUCUACCUUGGUUCAUAGCCACUUUCUAGAGGAGUUCCCCCCCUACCCACCUCCACCUUACCCAAGCUGUGGGGAGGCAGAGCAGGUGAACGAUGCCAUCAACCUGCAACCUCCAGAGGUGACCGGACAGGUCACAGUGCCACCGGGUAAGAGAUCGAUCCUCCAUAAAGCCGGCUCGGAGCGGAUCCACCACGGUAUGGGGGUCAAGUUCAACCCUCUGGCCCUGCUGCUGGAUUCAUCUCUGGAGGGCGAGUACGACCUCGUCCAGAGAGUCAUCUACGAUGUUGAUGACCCCAGUAUGCCGAACGAUGAAGGCAUCACGGCGUUGCACAAUGCCGUGUGUGCCGGGCACACGGAGAUUGUCAAGUUCUUGGUUCAGUUUGGUGUCAAUGUCAACGCUGCCGACAGUGAUGGCUGGACCCCGCUUCACUGUGCUGCUUCCUGCAACAACGUUCAGGUCUGUAAGUUCCUGGUGGAGUCGGGGGCUGCCGUGUUCGCCACCACGUACAGCGACAUGCAGACGGCUGCUGACAAGUGUGAGGAGAUGGAGGACGGCUACGCUCAGUGCUCACAGUUCCUCUAUGGCGUUCAGGAAAAGAUGGGCGUGAUGAACCGAGGCGUGGUGUACGCCCUGUGGGACUACGAGCCUCAGAGCGACGACGAGCUCGGCUUCACCGAGGGCGACUGCAUGACGGUGCUGAGGCGGGAGGACGAAGUGGAGACGGAGUGGUGGUGGGCGCGAUGUGGCGACCACGAGGGCUACAUCCCCCGGAACCUGCUGGGGGUGAGCCGAGUUUAUCCUCCAACAAGUGACAGACCUUAAACCAGUUUUAACCAGUUUUUAAAAACUGUAUCUGAGGAUCAAACCCCGGCAGAGGAGCCUGGCUUAGCAUCUCCUUCAGAGACCAGAAGCAGCAGAGAAACGAACCUCCGAACUCGUACAGCUGAUGUUAAACAGGCAGGGAAGUCUUUUCUGGACUGCCGUUUGUUUUUCAGCACAAAGAAUGUAACAAAGAACUGCUGGAGAGAGAAGAAACAGCAGUUCCCCCAUCUCCUUCAGUAAAAUAUAAGAUUUCAACUGACAGAAACAGAUCAACACGGUCUACGAAUCUUAUCAGUGAGUUAUCUUUGACAUCCUUCAGCUGAGCCUCGAUACCAGAAUGUCAACGUUUUCAUCUUCCUCUUGUGAGAUUUUGUUUUCUUUAGUGUAGCAGACGUCCCAAAGGCUGGAACUGAACUUUUGCUUUUCAACCACCAAAUGUGCAGAAUACAUUCCACACUGUCAUUGGUAAAAACUGAAUUAUUUCAUGUUAAGUUGUGUCCAAAAUAAUCUGUGUAUGGUUCAUUCUUUGGUUUUCAUUUCAAAAUAAAAUCUCAAAAAACAAUAAACCACGUUUUCUUUUGUUGUUGUAUUUCAGUUUUUAAAUCCUAAAUGUAGAAAUGUAUUAUUUAACUAAUGAAAAACCACAGUGUUGGAUUUUUGCUCAAGCUUUUUAAACCCGAAGUACAAAAUCCGGCUGUUGUUUUAACCCUCCUGUUGUCCUCAUUCACGGGCACCAAAAAAUAUUGUUUCCUUGUCUGAAAAAAAUCCAAAAAUUCUGCAAAAAGAAAUCCCCCAAAAACCUUCAGGAAGAAAAUUCCAAUAAUUCCUUAAACAUUUUCCUUUAAAGUUUUAUUUUUAAAAAAAUCCUCCAAAUUUGACAAGAAAAUUCUUGUAAAUAUUUUCAAAAAAUUUGUAAAAAUCUUCCAAAAAAAUCCUAAAAAUAUCUAAAGUGAUUCCUUAUAUAUCAGUAAAACUUCUAAUAUUUUCUUUAAGAACAUUCACAAAAUUUUUUUUUUCUGAAUGUUCUUAAGAAAUAUUUUUAACAUUUUUUUUUCCACCAAAAAAUGUUCAAAGAUUUCCCAAAAAUGUUGAAAAUGUGGACAUCAGAAGCUUCACUGUGAAAUUUUUUUCUCUCUCACAUUUUCAAGCUUUAAACGGGUCAAUUUGACCCUCAGAACGACAUGAGGGUUAAUUUGUUGCAACACCGGAAGCGCCGAAAGUCACAGAGGAAGAACAUUUUGAGCGGGUCUGGACCGCGAACACAUUUAGAACAGCUCGAGCACUUUUUCAAUUUCAUUUGCAGGCUCUUUGGCAAAACCCACGCAGAAAUCAGCGACACUGCAUCGCCAUGGAGCUCCACGUGCUCUAUAAUGAGUGUCAGGAGGUUCUGCAUGGAAAACUAUUUGAUUUCCAGUUCUGCCGGUAGCUUCCAAAUGGCGCGUUGAAGGGAAAAGGCUUUUUUAGUUUAAACCAGGGGUGUCCAACAUGCGGCCCGCGUGCCAAAAGCGGCCCUCCAGAGAGUCCAAUCCGGCCCUCAAAGUGUAAAAAUUCCAGAGAAGACAUUAACUGCAGAUUGUAAAUUAGUAAAACUAUAAAUUUAAAAUCAUUUCUAGACCAUGACAAGUUGUUUUGAUCCUAAAAUUUCUAAUUUUUGUGAAAUUUUGUCUUGUUUUUGUUGUUUUAUUUGACUUGUCUCGUGUUUUUGUCCUUUUGAUUCUUGUUUUUGUCGUUUUGUUUUGUCUCAUUCGUGUUUUUUGUUGUUUUUUUUUGCCAUUUCGUGUUUCGCUUUAUAUGCUGUUGUCGUUUUUUGUUUGUUUUUUUAAUCUCGCUUGUGUAGUUUGACUAUUUUUGUCGUUUUCUUUUUUGUCAUUUUUGUCUUGUGUCAUUUGUGUAAUUUUUUGUCUUGUUUUGUUCACUUUUUUGUCACUUUGUAAGUUUUUAAUUAAAUUUGGUGUUUUUUUGUAUUGUCAUGUUUCAGUUUUUGUCAUUUUAUUUCUCAGUUUUGUUGUUUUGUGCCUUGUUUUUGUAACAUUUUGUCUUGUCUUUUUUCAGUUGUCUGUCUCAUGUUUUUGUCAUUUCGUUUCUUUUUUUUGUCUCGUUUGUGUUAUUGUCUAUUUGUUUCUCUAUUAUGCUAUCAUUUUACUGCGCCAGUCCACUUGAAAUCUAAAAUGAGUUUGACACCUCUGGUUUAAACCCUAAAAUUGGUGAAAACGCAGCGUUUUUUUUUUCUUUCUCUACUUUUCAUUUUUCAACGGAAAAACCAAAGAAUGAACCAUACACGGAUUAUUGUCCAGUCGCUUAUUUUGGUUUGCAGCCAGUCCAGCCUGUGUGUGGAAGAAUACUAUGAAGGAUUUCUUUUAUUUUUUGUUCCUUUAAUUAAAAGUUUCUGCUCUGCUGCCUAA